AGCCGAGUAGUAGCACAGGGCUGCCUGUCCUGCAAAAUACAAUACAGCACAGCCAUGGUAAGAGUCCAUCUGCACUCAGCAAACACCACUGUUUGUGUGUCUGUCUAGGGUACCCCAAUCCCAUCACAUUUUUAACCCUGUACUCUAGGACUGACUUUUGAAAAAGAGCAGAAUAAUUUAAAGUCAUACCAAAGGUUUUUAUAAAUAAAAAUAAAGCUAAAUAAAUAGCUUUUCUAUACAAUUUGUGGUUCUCUAAUAGUAAGCAUGAUCACUCUCCCACUUGUGUAGAGCGAUCUCCAGUGGUAUAAAAAAUGUCAGCAGGUCCCUGUCCCUUUACCGACCUCUGUGCUUGUUGGCAUGUCAUAAUGUCCUCCUAGAAACGGUUGCUAACAACUCUGUAGAAAGAGGGGAGCAGACAAACGCGUCGACAUUGAAAGUGGUAUCAGUGGCUAAUUUCGCGAACUACAUUUUUUUUUCAGUUCCUGCAGAGUACAAUUUAAACCAUGCCUCGAGGAAGAUCAGCCACCAGUGUCCACUCUGACGGCAGUGACAUGGAUAUUGAUGGAAUAGCGGAAACGGAGAUGGGAAAACUGCAAAGACAGUUCCGGAUCAUGGGGGGAGACCGGCUGGCCUACAGCAUCCAGUCUCAAGAUCACAUACGCAGACAGCGGCAUGAGAUAGAGAAGCUUGAGAAGGAACGGGAGGAGCUACAGCGUAGUCUCUGUGUGUCUGAGAGCCUAUCCCAGCGGCAGCGGGACAGUGAGGAUGCCCAGACCCUGCGCUCCAUGCUGGAACAGAGGGACGAGGUGGGGGACGAGGUGGAGAGGGAGAGGCAGAGUCAGGCAGAGCUGGAGCAGGAGAUCUCCAGCAUGGAGAGAAAGCUGACAGAGCUGAGGAGAGGCGAGGUCACUGCUACUCUCAGCCAAAAGUCCCAGUCCCGACAAACUCAGAAGGCGUCACGCACCCUGGAGAACAAACUGGAUAGAGCCCUCAUUCGCUUCAACGAGCAGCUGACUAAAAACAGCCACCUGAGAGAGGACCUGGAGACUCUGCGUGUGGAGCGGGUCCGGUUCCAGCAGCUCCACCGCAGACUGGACAAGGAGCUGCAGGAGAUCCGGAAAGACAUCGGAGAUAUGGUCAGCCUCUCCACUGCUGCAUAUGAUGUCAGGGUGGAGGCCCAGUCUAAGAUGAUCAUGAUGAGGGAGAAGGCAGUAAAGGACCUGUCUCAGUACAGCGCUGAAAUGAAGGAGCUGGAGAGGGUGAUCGCACACGAACGCCGCCUCAAAGAGUUCAUGACCACCAAGUGCAGUGAGAGGAGUGGCCAGGAUGAGGGGCAAGAACUGGGCCGCAGGCAUGCGUCAGAGUUGAAGGAACAGAGGAGGAUGGACUCUGGGGAGGAGUCAGUGGACACACUGGAGGAAGUCUUCCACGGGAUCCAGAAUAUCACAGGAGAGGAAGACCUGGACAUGCUGGUCACCAGGUUCAUCCAAGUCGAGGAUCAGAACUUUGCCCUCUUCAACUAUGUGAAUGAGCAAAACAACGAGGCUGAAGCUUUGAGGGACCAAAUUAACCAGACCCAGAGGGAGAUGGAGCAGUUUAAUGUGACGGGGCAGCAGCAGAAGCAGGAGCACCAUGCUUUGUUGAGAGACAUUGAUCAGCAACAGAGACACACAGAGUCUCAGGCACACGAGAAUGAAGUCCUGGCCAUCGCUGUGAGCAAGAUCCUGGACCAGAUAAAGACAGGAGUGAACAGUGUGUUCCAUAAGAUGGACUGUGAUCGCUCAGUGGUGGAGGACUUGCUUGGCUCGUCCUCUGGCAUCCGGGAGAACAACAUCAUGACCUACCUGGGUCUGGUGGAGCAGAGGACCAACCAGCUGCUCACCAUGCAGGCCUUCCUCAACUCCAGGGAUCUCGAUAAGGAGUAUGACCCAAAAGACCUUGCCCGAUUUCUACUAGGUCAGAACCCUGAGGUUCCCAGACAAAAUAUCAUCAUACUGCCUCCUGUCACUGGGGAUGACUAUGACACAGAGGAUUCUCCUCUCACUGAUGAGGAAGAGCGGCCUCUCUCCCAGGGAGAACUACGCCAGAGAAUCAUGAAAGGGGUCCUGCUAAAGGAGGGAUCAGUGCGUCACGCAGGAGCAAGGAGAAAGAUGAGUGUUCCGUCCAACAGCCAUCCGCGCUCCCUAGAGGCCUGAGAGGAGCAGCACACAAGGAGACAGAUAUAUCCAGAUGGUUUUGUCUAGAAGAGAUACAGCUUGGUCAAAAUGUACGCAGCCGUUUAGGAGAAUUAAUGUAGCAGGUUAGGAGAAUUAGGUUACGGUUAGGAGAACUAAUGUAGCAGUUUAGGAUAAUUCAUGUAGCAAUUUAGGAGAAUUAAUGUAGGAGUUUAGGAUAAUUCAUGUAGCAGUUUAGGAUAAUUCAUGUAGCAGUUUAGGAUAAUUCAUGUAGCAGUUUAGGAUAAUUCAUGUAGCAGUUUAGGAUAAUUCAUGUAGCAGUUUAGGAUAAUUCAUGUAGCAGUUUAGGAUAAUUCAUGUAGCAGUUUAGGAUAAUUCAUGCAGGAGUUUAGGAGAAUUAAUGCAGGAGUUUAGGAGAAUUAAUGCAGGAGUUUAGGAGAAUUAAUGUAACAGGUUAGAAGAAUUAGGUUACGGUUAGGAUAAGGGUUAGGAUUAGGAUUAGCCAAAAAAUAAAUCAACUUUUGAUGUCAAUUUCAUAAAAGCUAUAUCCCAUCUAGAUGUGACCUUUCUAGCCACCCCCACCCGAUGAUGGACCUCAUCCUAGGAAGAAUAGCAGAUUUUGUUUUCUAGUGUUAUCACCUGAAUUUCAACCAUGAUCAAAUGACCAAAUGUCACCAUUUUAGUUCUGAUUUAAUAUAUGGUAGAUAGUAUUACUUGUACUUCUAUAUCUCCUUUUUAAUAAUAUGAUGCUGCAUCAUUAUGGUCUGUUACAAUAUAAGUGUGAUUUGUUUAGCUUGAACUAAUUAGGUUAGGAGAUAUAAAGACUUCUCUCAGUCUGGCAGCCAGCUGGUCUUUUGAUGUGUCAUAUGCCAUCUGGCUUUGAUUAUUCAAGUCUGGUCUCAAUACAUCCCCUGCUGCCCUGCUCUCAGAGGCUGAAGUUCUCCAACUGAACACAAGGGGGCACUGCUUUUCCAAUCAUUGAAACUUGUUUAACCGUUUUCAUAUCUACAAGUUUGAUCAUCAAUAUUUGCAGGAUAUGUUUUCUCCCUUUUUCAAAUAGAUUAGGAACUGUAUAUAACAUUUUCCUGUGAUCCAAAGAUAAAAUUCCAAACACUUUGUUUUAAUCUUUAUAUUUAAACACCAUGUAGUCUCUGCAGCCACUUAUUCCAUACAAUAGGACAAUUAGGAAAUGAAUAGAUUUAUUUUAAGAAACUUUUUGUCUGAGGUUAUCCAACAUAAUCAAGAGUCAACAAAGAUGUUACUUUAGUUAGGCUGGCUUUGAAAGGUCUCCAUGGAAUGGUCUCACAUGGAUUACACAUGACUUACAUUUUUUUUAAUUAUUUUUUUAUUUAACUAGGCAUGUCAGUUAAGAACAAAUUCUUAUUUUCAAUGACGGCCUAAGAAAAGUGGGUUAACUGCCUUGUUCAGGGGCAGAAUGACAGAUUUGUACCUUGUCAGCUCGGGGAUUCGAACUUGCAACCUUUCGGUUACUAGUCCAACGCUCUAACCACUAGGCUACCCUGCCGCUCCAUGCUGACCAGACCGCUUGCAUGCGUCCGCCAUCGCACGCAUGCUGAUUUUGUUCACCCACACCAGAUGCGAUCAGGACAAGCAGGUUGAAAUAUCAAAACGAACUCUGAACCAACUAUAUUAAUUUGGGGACAGGUUGAAAAGCAUUAGACAUUCAUGGCAAUUUAGCUAGCUAGCUUGCUGUUGCUAGCUAAUUUGUCCUGGGAUAUAAACAUUGGCUUAUUAUUUUAACUGAAAUGCACAAGGUCCUCUACUACGACAAUUAAUCCACAGGUAAAAGGGUAAAACGAGUUAGUUUUUAGUAAUCUUUCCUCUUUCAGGCUCUUCUUUUUCUUUGGACUUUAUAUGGCGGUUGGCAACCAACUUUAAGGUGCAUUACCACUACCAACUGGACUGGAGUGUGGACCUCAGUUCAUCUGUCAAUCACCCAUGUGGGUACAUGUUCCUAAAAACCAAUGAGGAAAUGAGACAGGUGGGACAUGCAGCACGUCAAGCCUCACAAAUAGAACCGAGUUCUAUUUUAGCGCCUGGCUACACAGACUCUCGCGAGCAGUGUGGGUGCAAUAAUUAAUUAACAUGUAACUACAUUUAUUUUGCAACGCGAACAGUGUGGUCAGCAUGUUAUAUGCAUCUUUCUACUUUUAGGGACAUCCUUGUAUAAGUGAAUGGGGAGGAGACAUGUUAAGUCAAUGUACAGAAGUUUUACAUAGAGACAGAUCUGACAUAUACAGUACCAGUCAAACUGUAGACACACCUACUCAUUCAGGGUUUUUCUUUAUUCGUACUAUUUUCUACAUUGUAGAAUAAUAGUGAAGACCUCAAAACUAUGAAAUAACAAGAAAGUGUUAAACAAAUAAAAAAAUUGAUUCUUCAAAGUA